AUGGUAGAAUUUCCUGCCUUUAGACAUCAUGUAUAUUUGGUUCUGACACAUUUCUAUCUGUAUUCAAAUAUUUCUAAUUCCUUUUUUCCUGUGAUUCCAGGGGAACAUUUGAGAAUCUGCCCUCAGGAAUAUACAUGUUGCACCUCAGAAAUGGAGGACAAGUUAAGCCAACAGAGCAAACUGGAGUUUGAAAACUUAGUGGAGGAGACAAGUCACUUUGUACGCACCACUUUUGUGUCCCGGCACAAGAAGUUUGAUGAAUUUUUCCGAGAACUUCUGGAGAAUGCAGAAAGAUCCUUAAACGACAUGUUUGUCCGGACGUACGGCAUGCUGUACAUGCAGAACUCGGAGGUGUUCCAGGACCUCUUCACAGAGCUGAAGAGGUAUUACACAGGAGGCAAUGUGAACUUGGAGGAAAUGCUGAAUGAUUUCUGGGCUCGGCUGCUGGAGCGGAUGUUCCAGCUCAUAAACCCCCAGUACCAUUUCACUGAGGACUACCUGGAGUGUGUAAGCAAGUACACAGACCAGCUGAAGCCGUUUGGAGAUGUACCCAGGAAGCUGAAGGUUCAAGUGACUAGAGCAUUCAUUGCUGCACGGACCUUUGUUCAGGGGCUGACAGUAGGCAGAGAGGUUGCAAACAGAGUAUCCAAGGUCAGUCCCACCCCAGGGUGCAUCCGAGCGUUAAUGAAGAUGUUGUACUGCCCUUACUGCAGAGGACUUCCCACUGUGAAACCUUGCAACAACUAUUGCCUCAAUGUAAUGAAGGGCUGCCUAGCAAAUCAGGCUGAUUUGGAUACUGAGUGGAAUCUGUUCAUAGAUGCUAUGCUUCUGGUAGCGGAGAGAUUAGAGGGACCAUUCAACAUUGAAUCAGUCAUGGAUCCUAUUGAUGUCAAGAUUUCUGAAGCCAUCAUGAACAUGCAAGAAAACAGCAUGCAGGUGUCGGCAAAGGUUUUCCAAGGAUGUGGCCAACCUAAACCAGCACCUGCCCUGAGAUCUUCCCGUUCUGUCCCUGAAAACUUCAAUACCCGGUUUAGACCAUAUAACCCAGAGGAGCGACCUACAACUGCUGCUGGCACAAGUUUGGAUAGGCUGGUAACAGACAUUAAAGAAAAGCUAAAGCUCUCUAAAAAGUUCUGGUCAACAUUACCCUACACAAUCUGCAAGGAUGAGCGAGUGACAGCCGGUCCGUCAAUCGAGGAGGACUGCUGGAACGGCCACACCAAGGCGAGAUACUUGCCUGAGAUUAUGAACGAUGGCUUGACCAACCAGAUCAACAAUCCAGAAGUAGAUGUGGACAUCACAAGGCCAGACACCUUUAUUCGACAACAAAUCAUGGCCUUACGUGUCAUGACUAACAAACUGAAGAACGCAUAUAAUGGAAAUGAUGUCAACUUCCAGGAUACAAGUGAUGAAACCAGCGGCUCGGGCAGCGGAAGCGGCUGUACGGAUGACAUCUGUCCCACCGAGUUUGAUUUCAUCACCACCGAAGCACCACCGGUCGACUCCGACAGGAGGGAGGUGGAGGCUUCAGCCACACAGCCUGGCUGGUCACUGCAGACAUUGCUCAUCGUCUUCAUCAGUCUUGUACUGCAGAGACAGUGGAGAUAAUCCUGGAUCUGGUCAGAGAAACUGUGUUUUAGCUAGAGAAACAGCCAACUUUCUUCUUUUCUUAUACUCUUGGACAAUGGACCAUGCCACAAACACUUGCAGUUUUCUACAAGAAGAGAGCAGUACUGCAACCUGCUUCCCUUUUUUGUUUUCCCAAAGAGUACCAGGUGCCAGACUGAACUGCUUCCUGCUUUUUUCAGAUAUCUCUGAAGACGAUAUCCACUCUUGAGAGAAUUCUUUCUCAAACCUUUAUUACAGGAGACUUUCUGAGCUUCAUUUCCUUUUAUGCUGCAAAAGUAAAAAAGGAUCUUACAGUGUGUGUUUUUCCCUAACGAGAAAAAAGAGGGGGGAAGAAACCAAGAAAACAGGUUUCUUUCUGAAUCGGGCCUGACUCAAGGCUGCUGCAUUUCAACAGACUAUCAACAAAACAAAAAAAAAAGACAAGAAAGGAACAAAAAAAAUGCAACCGUUCUUCACUGACAGCCAGGUUUCCUUUAGGAACUUUUGUAGGAUGAUUCAGGUCAUCAGAAUGAUCAUUGUUAUAGGGAGGAAGUCUGGAUUUUUUUUCCAACACAGAAGUAUGUCUCAAUGGUGAAUGCACUCCAUCUGCCAACCACAUCAGAUUGGUAUGAAGGUAGAGAAGCUGAAAAAUAAGUUUAUCUUUUAGUAUGAUAGUAACUCCACUAGCUUCAGAAUAUCAUGUUACAGUUGUUUAGGAUUUAAAUCUUAAUGCCCAGUAAAAAAUUGAGUAGUAGCACGAUUUCACCUAGCUUCUUUUAGUAUUUAUCCAUGUUAUACAAUUGGCACAGUUUUCCACUUAGCUCACCAUCAGCCGUGGUGGUAAUGCUAAACAACGCUCCUGACAAAUCUUCCCUCAAGGGUUCGGACAGAAAAUAAUCUCUUGUGAUAUAAUCUCUUUCCUUUUGUCACUGUUCUGACAUUGAUUAGGACUUUCUGCUACCAUGUUCAUUAUCCUACCAAGACGGCAAUUCUCUAACGGACUAACAGCAACCAGAUCAAUAGUGUGUUUCACACCUACCUACAUCUUUCAUAUCAGUUAAUUUCAGUGUCACAAGGAUUUCUUCUACAAAAUUUCAG